AUGGAUGCGUUCCAGCUGUACGAUCUCCGCGUCGAAGUGGUCUGUCCCCCGGGCAAACGCAUUAUGUGCGGAGCCAAGGAGGGGGAUUACUUCACGCUGAAGGGCGAAAUGAUGUACCUGCCUCCCGGCCAGGGGAUCAGCAUCUACAGUCUCGCUUCUGUUCUGCCCCUGUUGGCCUCGAAACAGCGAAUGACUCACGAAAAUGACUGGAUGACCACCGACGCCAGUAUCGCGUGUCCAGAUCCUCACUGUCCUUCGCAGUUGAAGAUCAUUCGGACUGGAAUCUCCACUUUCAAUCAUUCCGACACUACUGUGGUUCCCAAGUCUUGA